AUGGCAAGAGAAAAUGGGGUACCUGACAUCAUGGAAGAGAACUCAAAUGUCCGUGACAACCCAGAGGCGGCAUGGAUCGAAGAGAUUCAGGGCAACAUCCAGGCGGCCUCUGUCCGGACGCCACCUUGGGAGAAUCUGGAGCGGACAAGGGAAGAAUCGAACACCAAUCUCAGCAUCUUCAGGGUCCCCACAAGCCUCAGGCGACAAAACCCUGAGCAUUACCAGCCGAAGGUUGUCGCCAUCGGCCCCUACCACAGGGGCAAUUCCGAGCUGCUGAUCCAGGAUGAAGCCAAGUGGUCGUGCGUGAAUCACUUCGUCUCCCAGCAUUCAUUCAACGUCGAAAGAUGGCUCCUUGAUAUUAUGACGUCGGAGGAAGACGCUCGCAUGUACUACUCAGACAAUGUGUCCAUGGAGCGCCAUAGCUUUUUAGAGAUGUUGCUGCUCGAUGGCUGCUUCAUUUUUAUGGCUUUCAAAGCCAUGGAUUCCCUUACGUUCCGCCCGGAAUGGCCGUCAGACCAAAUCAUGCUUGACUUGCUGAUGCUCGAGAACCAGAUCCCUUUUUUUGUCCUAGUCCAACUGUACAAUGGGAUCGGUGGGGAACAAACAUUCAGGAAUUUUGCCCGGAGCUUCGAUGAGCCUUACACUGGCACUUUCAUUCAUUAUGUCCUCCGUUCCCUUGAUCAGACCCAUAUGAUUGGGGAUUUGGAUCCCCCUAUCCCCACUGAAAGAGUCCUCCAUUUGUUGCACCUAUUUCGCUUGUCCUUGCAUCCUUCCUGGUUCAGGCCCAUAAAUGUAGCCAGAGUGAACAUAAUAGACCACAUUUUCCGCACUCCAACUGUUGUUCCUAGCGCGACAGAGCUCCAGUAUCGAUCUGCUGUGACGUUCAAGCAACAUUCAGGCAGCAUCUUGGACAUAAGUUUCUGCAACGGGGUGAUGAAGAUCCCGUUGUUGGAAAUUAAUGAUGGCGUCCAAACAAUUCUCCAUAAUCUCAUCGCCUUUGAGCAAUGUUACCACCAAAUGGACCCUCGUGUCACAGCCUAUGCACAAUUCAUGAACUGCCUGAUAACCAAAGAAAGGGAUGCGAGUCUGCUUGAAGAGAGGAAGAUCUUGUUGAACAGGCUACCCACCAGCAACGAUGCGGCCCUUUUCUUCAGCAAGUUGAGUCCAAGAGCCAGAAGUAGGGCGGUAUAUUUAAAAAGCCUAAUUGAUGACGUGAAUAAAUAUCACAAGAAGAAACGACAUAGGUGGUAUGCUGAUCUAAAGUUCAAUUAUUUCUUCAAUCCAUGGGUGACCAUCUCGGUAGUGUACGGUGCUGUCAUCCUCAUUCUCACCUUCAUGCAAACCUAUUAUUCUGCCCAUGGCUAG